GCCUGUGGAAGAGUUCAGCACACACACCCUGAAGGAUGUUGGACAACACUGAAUAUCCAACUAUAUUAUUAUUCUUUGCGCCAAUAUGACAAAAACAUAGAAUGACCCAACAUUGUGCAACAACUUGCUUAAAGAACGCCAGGAUAAUACAAGAUAAACGGAAGAUGUUGGUCGUAUCACCACCUUGCAUUCACCCACUUCCCCACCUGCGAAGGACUGGAUUAUUUUGAAUGUGAUAACAAGACUACCCACUCCUUACGUUGCGCGGGAUCAGCUUGGCACUGUGAUCAUCAUCGUCGUCAGUGGAAGAAGUGGUACUACGCUGUCUCUGCACACGUUGACAUCCAUUCAACACACAGAGUGGGCUCAGGCUGGCAGGUUGCUGCACAAGCACCAUGGAGGACAGGACACCCAAGGAAGAGAGCAGCGGCAGCAGCAGCACCCAUAAAGGACAAGAAUCGCAGUCUUACCAACGGAGGAUGUGGAAAAAUUUCACAGGGAAAACCAAACCGUGGCUGAGCCCGAAAUUGGGCUCCGAGCGUCGAAGUUCCGGAGGGGCAGAUGGCAGUAAGAAGGAAUCGGGUCUGUGGAUGUUUAAAAGGAAAAAGAAACAGAUGGACCGCGUCUUUUCGUCGUCCCAGCCCAAUCUGUCCAGCUCUCAUCCGCCGUCGUUCAAGGGGGGUGAGUCUCCUGGAGGUGACCCGCUCCCCGGUACCAGCGUAGGGGGUCCCAUGCAACCCCUGAUGGGGGCAGCAGCCGGACCUACAGGGAGCAAGCCUGAGCUGACCACGCACGGCAGCCCCAAGCUCGCCGUCACUCAGCUGAUUCUGUCCCAACAGAAGAGCUCCUCUCUCGGCUCGGCGUGCUUCGAGAAGCUGGUGGUGGACCCAGCUGUGUUGGCGUUGGGCGAGGAGGCUGAGUUGCGUAAAAACGCAAGCGACUCGGGCAUCAGCAUCGUGGGACCGAGUACUGUAGAAUCGCCUCCGAGGCCUUCAUGUCCAGCCAUGUUCCAGCUGGACAUCAUCCUGAAGAAAGGCAACAACCUGGCCAUCAGGGACAGGACAGGAACCAGCGACCCGUACGUGAAGUUCAAGAUCGGGGGGAAGGAGGUGUUCAAGAGCAAGACCAUCUUCAAGAACCUCAACCCGGUGUGGGACGAGAGGGUCAGCCUCCUGGUGGAGACGCUGAGGGAGCCGCUGUACGUCAAGGUUUUUGACUACGACUUUGGCUUUCAAGAUGACUUCAUGGGCUCAGCACAGGUCCACCUGGAGUCCCUGGAACAUCAAAGGAUCCUUGACUUGACCCUUGACCUCGGGGACCCACAGUACCCUGACCAAGACCUUGGCACCAUCGAUCUGGGCAUCACUCUGUCACCAAAAGAUGGGGACAUUCGAGAAACCACCAUGCUCACGGGGAAAAGUUGGAAACGGUCCAGUAAGAACCAGAGCAUGCGUCUCUCAGACGUGCACAAGAAGUCCCAGCUGUGGCGCGGCAUCGUGAACAUUGGUCUGAUCGAAGGGCGCCGCCUCAAGGCCAUGGACGACAACGGGCAGAGCGACCCCUACGUCCGCUUCCGCAUGGGCCACCAGAAGUACAAGAGCAAGGUUUUAGCUAAGUGCCUGAACCCCCAGUGGAGGGAGCAGUUUGACUUCCACCUGUACGACGAGCAGGGGGGCUACAUAGACAUCACCGUCUGGGACCGGGACCAGGGCCGGAGGGACGACUUCAUGGGCAGGUGCACCAUAGAUCUGUCCACCCUGGCCCGGGAGCGGACUCACAAACUGGACCUCCCCCUGGAGGACGGGGCGGGCGUCCUGGUUCUCCUGGUCACCCUCACCGCCACCACCGCCGUCUCCAUCUCGGACCUGUCGGUCAACGCGCUGGACAACCCCUACGAGAGGCACCAGAUCGCACAGAGAUACGGCCUGAUGAGGUCGCUCAUCAACCUGAAGGACGUGGGCAUGGUGCAGGUGAAGGUCAUCAGGGCGGAGGGCCUCAUGGCCGCAGACGUCACAGGGAAGAGCGAUCCCUUCUGUGUAGUGGAGCUAAGCAACGACCGUCUGCAGACGCAGACCGUCUAUAAGAACCUCAGCCCUGAGUGGAACAAGGUCUUCACCUUUAACAUAAAGGACAUCCACUCCGUGCUGGAGGUCACCGUUUAUGACGAAGACCGGGACAGAAGCGCAGAUUUCCUCGGAAAAGUGGCGAUUCCCCUCCUCAAUAUCCAAAAUGGAGUACGCAAAGCCUACGCCUUGAAAAGCAAGGAGCUGACAGGGCCAACAAAAGGGGUCAUCUUUCUCGAAAUAGACGUGAUUUUUAAUGCUGUAAGUCUUUCUUAUUUUUUCUUUUUACGCCUUUCUAUUUUACGAUUCCACCCUUCCUGUUAUUUUUUUCACACCCCUCCCCUCCAUUCUUCCUCCCCCUCUCCCUUGCUCUUCCCUGAAUCCCUUUCCCUCUCGUACUGGUGUCUUUAUUCCGUCCCCCCACCCUCCCUCACCCCUUCCUCCCCCCUGGGUCCCCUCCUUUUGUUCGCCACCCCCGCGUCGCUGCUGUGCAUGGCUCCCGGUGCGGCCAUCUUGCAGCUCUGUUUCCCUCUGCCUCUGCCUCUCCUCUGA